GCAAAAUCCAAAAUGCAACUUAUUCAUCUUAUGUUGCUCCUGUUCUUCAUCCUUGCACCAACCACAAUCUCGCAAACUCUUCUUCAAGUAACUCAAAAUGACGGUCUGAAUGAACCGAAGCCGCCUAACUUGAUGUACUGCGAGAGUUGGCGAUUAGCUGUCGAGACGAACAAUGCCGGAGAUUGGCAUAAGAUACCUCAUCGAUGCACUGAUUUAGUGAAAGAGUAUGUCAAUGGACAGCAGUAUAUAACUGAUUCCAAAGUGGUAGCAAGGCAUGCUCAAGCUUAUGCUAAGACAAUUGUAGUAGCAAAGGAUGGCAAAGAUGUUUGGAUAUUCGAUGUCGAUGAAACACUCAUUUCCAAUAUUCAGCAUUAUGCCAUUGAUGGAUACAGUUAUAGAUCAAAAGUAGACAAUGAAUCGGCAUUUGAAAAAUGGGCGCUAUCGGCGAAAGCACCGGCGUUGCCGUGGAGCUUAUGGUUGUACAAGAAACUACAAGGACUAGGAUUUCAUCUUGUGCUUUUGACAGGGAGAAAAGAAACACAUCGGAAUUCUACUGAACAAAACUUGAUUUCUGCUGGUUAUCAUUCAUGGAAAACACUAAUUCUCAGGAAUUCUACUGAAACUGGGAAGACAGCACAAGAAUACAAAGCAUCAAAAAGAGCAGAGUUGGUGGGCAAAGGGUACAGGAUUCAUGGGAACUCUGGGGAUCAAUGGAGUGACUUGUUAGGAUGGCCAGAAGCUAAGAGAUCAUUCAAAAUACCAAACCCAAUGUAUCACAUUCCAUGAAAGAGCACAUCAAACUUCAUAUAUGGUCUUUUAGUUUGUUGAGAAAUCAUUCAGAUCAUCAAUAAACUUGGCCUUCUUGCUGGAAUUUCAUAUUCCAGACUGUAAAUAAUCAUUACUUGUUGAAAUAAUUUAUGAGAAAUGAGUAAAGAGCAAAGGUUUUAGAUUGAU